AUAAACGAGUUGUGAGAUCGUAGGCUGGGUGGCUGCAUCGUUCAAUAUUCGAAUGAACAUUGGAUGUAAAAAAACAUGGCAAAUAAUUACAGUGACACUCGGCCAAGUCAGUAUGGCAUGGACAAGAUGAAGGAAAUGGAGGAGGAAAUGAGCAGGUUUGAAGAGGAAAUCCUUGGACGCAAUGCCCAAGGUGAUGCAGAUGCCAUUAACCAACUGCAAGGUGGUGGUGGUGGCAGCAACAGCACCAAACCUUUUCAAUUUCCUUUCGCACCAAGUAGUCAUAAUGGUGCGGCAAACUCAUCUGCCCCUCAGGCUAAGUUCCCUGGGGAUGAAUCCAUGAAUUACAGAGUAACUGGGCCAGCAGGCUUCCCACCACAGCCACCAAUGGUGCAAGGAUCUGGGCAUCCCAGACAAGGAGCUCCAGGCCCACCUGCUAUGCAGCCACCUGGAAUGAGAAUGGGUGGACCGCCAGGAGUUCGUAUAGGAGGACCGCCAGGAGUUCGUAUGGGAGGACCGCCAGGAGUUCGUAUGGGAGGACCACCAGGAAUUCGCAUGGGAGGACCUCCUGGAAUCCCUGGGCCUAGGCAGAUGAAACCCAGCUUCAUCCCACAUCAGUUGCAACAGGGUUCACACCCAGGUAUGUCUCGACCGAUGCGUGCACCACCCAUGCCUCCUCUUGGGGUGAUGAUGGACAAACGAAGUGGUAUGAUGCCCAUGCCAAUGAUGUCUAUGAAGCCCAUGAAACCAAAAACAAUAUCAGCUGCACCCACAAUAUAUGCGGCCAAACCAGUAAAGUUCACUAAUACCGAGGAAAAGGUGGAAGAGAAGGAGAAAGCGGUGGAAACUUCAGCUACUGCUGAAAUAAAUAAAGCUGUACCACAAAAACCCAUACAAAGUCAUACACCAGUCAUUGACCCUAUGAUGUAUCAACCACACGCGAUAAUGCAGCAUCAGCAUCAGCAGCAUCAUCAACAAAAUUCUGCAAUGGCAGGCCAAGAAGCUGUGCCUGUACCAAAAAAGACUAAGAAGAAGAAGGUACUCCGUACAGCAGCUGGCCAGACCUGGGAGGAUGACAGUUUACAAGAGUGGAACCAAAAUGACUUCAGAAUUUUCUGUGGUGACUUAGGAAAUGAGGUGAAUGAUGACACCUUGACGAAGGCUUUCAAUCGAUAUCCAUCUUUUUUGAAGGCAAAGGUUGUGCGUGAUAAGAGGAAUGGUAAAUCUAAAGGCUAUGGGUUUGUGAGUUUCAAGGACCCCAAUGAUUUUGUUCAAGCAAUGAGAGAGAUGAAUGGGAAGUAUGUUGGUAAUCGACCAAUCAAACUAAGGAAGAGCAUGUGGAAAGAACGAAAUAUAGAAACUGCUAAGAAGAAAACAAGAGAAAAACAGCGGUUGGGUCUGAGGUGACCUCUGAGUGUAUUAACUAACAUUUAGUAUCUCAUUUGAUGCCUUUAGACAUGUCCUACUAAAGUUUUAAUUUGCUUUCUUGAAGAAGUUUUUUGUUUAGUAGGUCUACGCAUUUGUUGUAAGUGAAAGAAUUGCUACAUCAUCAAAGUAACAAACACGCGUGUUUGGAAGCACAAAUGUAAUUUUCAUUCUAGCGCAAUUGCAAAUCGCACUUCCAUUGCGAUUCUCACAAGAUGUAAAAAGUGUUCCAAUGCUCAGUCAACCCAGCGGCCCAAGUUUCCAGGAAAUCUUGCGAGCGUUUCUAUGGCCAUCAUAGUCAUUUACCAUACAGUAUGUACAGUAUGAGAUAGUCAUGAUGUGCCUAUAAAGUACCACAGUCGUGUCGUCAGGACGCCAGGUGGCGCGCUCUGUUGUCAACACGUUAGUUACCGUUCAUUACUCCUGAAUGACUUCAUAAGCUUUCUGGAAUAGGCAUUUUAAAAUCUAAUAUUUUACCAUCAAAAUGUACUAAAAACACAAAAGCUCGCAUUAUAUUAGUUAUCAACCACACAUUUAAUCAUCAAUUAAAAUUUACAAAGAAAAAUUAAGAUACAUCUUAAUAAAUGGUUUGUCAGUGAAGAAAAUGGCAUCCGGUUGAAUUCUUUUUGCAACAAUAGCAACGGAGUAGUAUCACGUGGUAUAUAUGGUCAUUAUGUGAUGGCAUAAUGACUAUCAUGUCACAUGUUUCAUGGGUAUCAUUAUACACAGAAAUAUACACCAAGUAAACAUAUGUUGAGAAAGCUAAUUAAAAACCAGAUUUCUAGAAGUGGCUUCUUCCACCUCAACUUGCCAAAUCAUAUUUUUACAUGAUUCAUGUUGAUCACAAGUGUACUGGAUUGGAGUGUUGUCGCUGUUCCACUCACUUCAAAUUCUAAGAGGGAGUUGAGACAGGGAGUCUACUAAUUUCAUGUGAGAGUAUGGAUAUGCAUAUGAUAGUAUAAAUAUUCAUUAGUGUUUAUGGAUGAACUUUUUGGAAUAGUAUUCCAUAUAGUUUUGUGCAUAGCUAAUAGAAACAUGUGUAUCUCUAUAAUAAUGUCAUAACCUAAAAUAACAGACUUAAAUGGAAGGAUUGUAAAUAGUGUAAUUACACACUUGUUAUUAAAGUAAAUAAAAAAAAAAGAUGAAAACAUUAAUAUUA